GCUUGUCCGGACGACCAUCUUGAUUCUUGAACAUGGCGUCGUCGGAGAUUAAUAUGGCGUCCUCGGACAUAAUAACCGAAGUGGAGAUUCAACCGGAUAUCCAGGAGGUGGAGAUAGAGGCGAUCCCCGUGGAGAUACCGUGCGAAACGGUGGAGACGACGAUCGAGGGCGAGGACGGGCAGCCGAUGAUAGCGCUGCAGCCAUUGCCGGAGCCGGGCCGUGAAGAAAUCAUACUGCAGACACAAGAAGAGAUCGUUGGUCCGGAUCCUCUCAGCCUGUACGACCAAAUCCCCGUACCGGAGAACGAUAUUUAUGUGGAGUCCAGCCCGGGGCCGUCCCGUAAAGCCGCCAAGAAGGCGCGCAAGAGUGGUGGCACACGUUUUCGCGCGUCUGAUCACGCGAUCUUCAGCGAGAUGGCCACCGAGACCAAGGCUAGGAAGUGGGAGCAGAAGCAGGUACAGAUCAAGACACUCGAGGGCGAGUUCUCGGUGACAAUGUGGGCGUCCGGCACAGACGACGAUGAGGGAUCGAAUCCAGAACCAGAUACAGAGUAUGCGGAAUAUAUGAGCGGCAAGUCCAAUGCCAAGUUCAGUCACUCUGGUAGCUCUGUCUCGGAUGGGAUGCCCGGAUUGGAUCUGUCAGAUCCGAAACAGCUGGCGGAAUUUGCGCGCCCCGGCCACAAGCUGAAGGUGCGCAAGCCGCCGGUCAUGGACGGUGUGGAACGUACCAUCGCUUGUCCGCACAAAGGUUGCACGAAAAUGUUCCGAGAUAACAGCGCUAUGCGCAAGCAUCUACACACUCAUGGGCCUCGUGUACAUGUUUGCGCUGAGUGUGGUAAGGCGUUCGUCGAAAGUUCCAAGCUCAAAAGGCAUCAGUUGGUGCACACGGGCGAAAAGCCUUUUCAGUGUACAUUCGAAGGCUGUGGCAAGAGGUUCAGCCUAGACUUCAACCUACGCACUCACGUUAGAAUCCAUACCGGCGACCGGCCGUACGUGUGUCCAUUUGACGGAUGCAGCAAAAAGUUUGCGCAAUCGACAAACCUCAAGUCACAUAUAUUGACACAUGCCAAGGCUAAGUCACGAAACGCGAUAGGGAGACAAGUGCAACAGAUCCAACUUCAACAGCCUCAGUUUGUCCAAGUUGAAGUUGCAGAUGUGGACAAUCAACAGUUUAUUGUCUACGCCGAUUAGCCCCCCUAAACAUUGAUCUCGCGUAUCCAGUUACUAAAUCAUACCGCAAUCAUUAAUUAUUAAUCCAGACCAUGUAAAUAUUUUCACAACGUGGCAAGUGACAUGCGGGUAGCAAUGGGAGGAAGAGAAGGAAGAAGAGGAAGGGAAGAGGAGGAAGAGGACAAGACAGUACAGAAAAUCACAAGAAGAAAAACUACGAAGAGGUGAAGAGCGAGAAGAAAAAGAAAUGAAAAAGAGGUUACUAAAGUUAUAAACUAUCUGAAGAAGAUGAGUUAAUUAAUCGAAUAAUACCUCUGUGCUUAGAUUCAAGAUAUUUGAAACAUCAAGACUAUACAGUCGCAAGAUGAGAAAGCAAAUAGUUACACGGGUAAAAAAAGGAAAAAAAGAAAAAAAAUAUAGCGUACUUUUUAAGAUAAAAGUAGCAAGCUAGACUAUGGCGCACUGCUCAAUCUCGUGUCGUGUGAAUAAAGACAAAAAGAAACGAAUGAAGUCUAGUGUGCUCGUGUAACAGAUACAUAUACACACACAUACGCUGAUACACAUACAUACACUCACACUCGACUGUAUAUAUUUAUAAGUAAAAGUAAAAUAUUGUAUACAGUAUAUUUUGGAGAAAUUCAAAUGAGAAUAAAUCACAGAGAUACGUCUCUUUUCCGUCGGAUUCAAUUGUACCAUCUUAGUAACGUUUGAUGACUUUUACACUGUAAUGCUAUAGAAAUUUGUUAAUAGUUAUUUAAAAAAAAAAGAUGAAAGAAUUGAGGCGUGUACGAUUAUUGUUACAAGGACGAUGUUCAAGGAUGACUCAUAAUGUGACUUAUCAUAUAAUGAUUCAUGAAUUAUAUAAUAUAAUAAUUGAGUUAUUUUUUAUUUUAAUGGAACUUAAAAACGACUAUGACGUGUAUCUUGAAAAAAAUUAAAAAGAAAGCGUCAGCACUAUACAAAUAUGUAAAUGUGAUGUUGCAUACAUCGUGGAAUGCAUAUUGCAUUGUGCAAUAUGCAGUUGAUAUCAGACGACUUAAUGACUUUAAUGAUACUUUGAAAUUUCGACUAAGAGAAGCAAUAGCUAUAUAGAUAAAUAUAUCUUACGUAGCGGUUAUUGCGUGCAUCUCUAUCUCUAUCUCUCUUUAUAUCUUUUUCAUCAUACGUAUCAUUACGUAUUCAUGUACGUAUCAUUAUUAUCCGCAUAUCAUAAUUUCUUACUACCAGCGGUGGCAUACACAUUCAACUAUCAGAUUCGAUUAUAUAUGUGUAUACUGACUCACGACUCAUAAAUUAGAGACGCGCAAAAAUUUUGGGUAAUUUAUUUAAAAAAUCUUGUAAAGCAUAUUAUCUUUCAUGAAACUUUUAUUUAAGCAGCUAUAACUUACAGCUGUAAAUCAACGAUAUUAACUUGUACAAUCCAUUAUCAUUUUGUAAAAUGAAAAAAAGAUAAAAAAUUGAUUUCUUUUUAA